CUAUCAAUAUGGCUUCUGUUCUUCGAUAACAUUUAUUUUCUUGCAGCAUUUUUUAGGAAUUUAAUGCGUUUUGCUCUAUCAACAUGUCAAAGCCACAAGCAGAGAGUGUGAUUAAAAAUAUAAUUCGGGAAAUUGCGCAGGAAUGUGCGGGAAGAGGUCAAGAAGUCUCUGAAACCUUGGUGGCCUUCAUGGUGAAGGCUGUAGUUUUGGACCCAAAUAAUCACUUCAAUGUGGACAGAACGUUGACGAAAGAAGAUGUUCAACGACUUAUAAGUUCGUGUGUUGCUAGAUUAAUGGACGAAACAUCGCCUUCUCUUGCAACUGUGAAGAUGCAAGUGUACUUUGAUAUGAAUUACACCACUCGCGCGGAUUUCCUGGAAGAACAUCGUAGGGUACUUGAAACCAGACUGAGUCCAGUUGUACGAGAGAUCACCGAUAGCCGAGCUCGAAAUCGAGAUGAGCUCGAAGCACUUUACCGUAAGAUUGUUUCUUGUGUCCUGCUCAGAUCCGGUCUUGGUUCACCCACAGAUAUAACUGUUGUCCGUGAAGCUACAGCUGCCCUACAAAGUGUGUUUCCUCACACAGAGCUUGGGACUUUCAUGUCUAUGAUAAAACAGGAUAAGGAGAAACAACUGCAAGAACUCAGUCAGAUUGUAUCUGGCAUUCGUCUUUUUAACCAAGAGUGUGGCAAAGGGGGUGAUGGUAUAGACGACUUGCCUGCUGUUCUUGGGGAAGCUAUACCAGCUACUAUUAGCAAGAUUCAAACUGAGAUCGAUGGAACACGUGAAAUGGCCUAUAAAUUCACAGCGAUUGUCGAAGAGUUGUCAUCAAAGCCAGAGACUUCAUCCACGGACGUUUCACUUCCGUUGUUAAAACAAUGUUUGACAAAUGUCAGGCAGUUGGAAACAUUUCUAACCGUCGUAUUGCACGAAGUUAUCGAGUGUGGCCAACAGACCGAAACUCUUGAUUUUCAAUUCAAAGCAAGAUUGGAAAAUCUUCGCAAUACCGUUCAGUCAAAAACUGCUGUUCCAACCGCGCAAGUUUAUCCUCAGUUCAUAAACGUCUCGCAUAUUUGGAGCGGUUUUCAAGACGAGAUGGUCCUACUCAGUGUUCUUACCAAUAUACAGAGCAGUUUGGCUCCAUUUAGUAAAGUUGUCACGGAGCUAUUUCCUCCCGAAGUGCUGGAAAAACUUUUACAAGGAAUUAAAAUAAAGACAGACAACGAUCGCUUGACGGAGACCGAUGAUGAAAACUGUCGUAUUAAAUCCGAAGACAUUCCAAGACAGGAUGUUGAACUCUUCUAUCCCGACGGGAUUAAAAAUUUCUACCGUUUGCCAAUUCUAUAUCGAGGAUAUUGCGCAUGGUCCUUGGUGAAUGAUAAAGGUUUCAUUUUACCAUCCAACCCCGCCAUUGGUGUGGUAAUGUACGACAGUAAAUAUUAUGCGUUCUCCACGAAGGAAGCUUGCUAUGAAUUCAUGAAAGACCCAGAAAAGCAUAUUGCUGACGUGGCUUCAGCGGCAAAGAAGUCUCCCGAGUUGAUUCAAUUAUUAGAACUUCACUCACAGUUUUCCGCCAUUUCUCCCUACGAGGUCAAUGGUGCGGGAAGCGGGAAACUUUUGAUACAUUCACAUGCUGGUAUGUUCGAUUUAUUUCAGGCAAAUUUACGAACGAAAGUGACGCAAUCGAUGCAGACGAAUUUAAGUAACUACAAGAGAGACAACACGACUCAAGUUUAUCUUCCAAAAGACGGAGGGACUCAAACCAAGCGAGAAGAAUCGACAAGUGUGCCUAAACCAUCUCGUUACAUUGCCGGUCUCCGUGGCUGUAAGACAACUAAAACGACAAUCUCUUUGGUCGAACUUACUCUCGAUGUUGACCAAACAUGAUUGUUUAAAGAUGCGUCUACUAGGUCUUCACGUACGAACAUGGUUUGUUGUAAGGAUCUUGCUUGUUUUAAAAUGUAUAUAUACUAUCAUAUCAACGUUGUAUGUGUUGGCUUAGUGACGUGUAGGACUUACAUUACAAUUAUUUAUGAUCAAUUUUA